AUGAAAUCGAAGUUGAAAUGGGCAGCACUUGGCGGGCUUGUGCUGUCAUUUGCAUCGAUAAUGGUGCAUUUGUUCCUGGCUAAGUCGAGCACCAGAUAUGCACAGUACGGUGUAGCCACAGCUUUCACUGAGGAUCUGAAUCCCGUUGAAAAUCCCGGCAAAAAGGGUGUUGGAUAUAGGAGAUUGUGGGGGAAGGUGAACAGCUUGGAGCCAUUGCAGCCGUAUGCAAAUCCGAGAAGUGUCCCUUAUCCUGUUCCGAACGAGCAGGGAAAUGGUUUCAUUUAUGCGAAAAUUCAUGGUGGCUUUGAGAAGAUUAGGACCUCGAUCUGCGAUCUUGUUGUAGUUUCAAGGCUUCUAAAUGCCACCCUUGUUAUACCUGAGAUUCAAGAAAGCACUCAAUCAAAAGGCAUCAGCUCCAACUUCAAGAGCUUUUCAUAUCUAUAUGAUGAGGAUAAGUUUAUAAAUGCAUUAGCAACUGAUGUGAUCAUUUUGAAGAGCCUACCUUCGAGCUUGAAGGAGGGCAGAAAACGGAAACUUUAUCCAAUUUUCAAGCCUAAAAGUUCUUCUUCCCCUAAAUAUUACUUACAUGAAAUUCUACCGAAACUUAAAACUUCUAAGGUCAUUGGGUUGGUACUUGCAGAAGGCGGAUGCUUACAGUCCAACCUUCCUUCAAGCUUGGUUGAGUACCAGAGGCUUAGGUGCCGAGUUGCAUUUCAAGCACUGCAUUUCCGUUCAGAGAUUGUCGAACUUGCACAUCAGAUGAUAGAAAAAUUACGAGGUUCUGGUCAACCAUAUCUUGCUUACCAUCCAGGGUUAAAGAGGGAUACUCUAGCAUAUCAUGGUUGUGCUGAACUUUUUCAGGAUGUACACACGGAACUCAUACAGUAUCGCCGAGCACAGAUGAUCAAACAAGGACUUGUAAAAGAUGAGUUGAGUGUGGAUUCAUACACCCGAAAAGGAAAAGGUUCGUGCCCACUAAUGCCAGAAGAGGUUGGGCUACUCCUUCGAGCUAUGGGUUACCCUCCGAGAACAAGAAUAUACUUGGCGGGCUCUGAAACCUUUGGCGGCCAACGUGUUCUUAUCCCAUUACGGGCCAUGUACACCAACUCAGUGGAUCGUACGAACUUGUGCAGUAAACUGGACCUGGCCCACAUCGUCGGCCCAGAAACCGAGCUCCCCAUGGAUACCUUUGAAUUUCCACCUACAAAGAGUGCCAAACAACUUAAAGAGGAAUGGGACAAAGCGGGCCCUCGUCCUAGGCCCCUUCCUCCACCUCCCGAUCGACCUAUUUAUCGACAUGAAAAGGAAGGUUGGUACGGGUGGAUUGCGGAAAAAGAAUCCGAACCGGACCCUACGCUGAAUGAUCUAAGGGACAAGGCUCAUCGUUUGCUUUGGGAUGCACUCGAUUAUAUUGUUUCUGUGGAGGCCGAUGCUUUUUUUCCCGGUUUUGAUAAUGAUGGUAGUGGAUGGCCGGAUUUUUCUGGUCUGGUGAAGGGGCAUCGGCUCUACAAGAUGGCCUCGAGUAGAACAUAUAGACCGGACAGGAAAUAUCUCACCAGGCUAAUCAAUACUACAAGCGAUCAUCUCUAUCACCCGCCACGCAACUGGACCCUUACUGUAAGAGAACACCUCAACAAAAGCAUAUCAGUAGAUGGAAUUCUCCGAGAAUCCCAAAGCUCCAAGCCGAAAUCUUUCCUCUCCCACCCAUUACCCGAAUGCUCAUGCACGACUGUAAAGAGUGCUGAUUUUCGAGAGGACACCAAACUCCAAACUCUGUACAGAGGACAAGACAAAUGCCCUAUAGGGUUUGAACAAAAAAGCUUAACGAGCAUUUUAUCAUCGCAAGAGAGCUCUGGUGAUGGUAACGAAACAACACAAGAAGAUGAUGAAAGUGAUGCGGAUUUGCUUGAACCAGACGAUAAUAGCCAGGUCGAUACAGUGCCACCUGGCGAGCAAGAUGAGGAAAUGGACCCAAACGAUUAA